AUGAAGUUCUUGACUUUUCUUUCCUUUGCGGAUGUUGUCCAAAUCUCCACUUGGGACAGAGCCUUACAAGCGGUUCUUAAACUCCAGAUCGAUACUCCCCAAACCUUGCGGAUCCGCCGCGACCGCUUCUCAGCAAGCACAAGACAGCGCAACCUUUGUUUCCGUGGAUUUCUCGCCGGAUACUGGGCGCAGUACGUCGCUGACUAUGGAAGAGACGUGCAAGACGAAGGCAGGAUGGCUCAAGCACGAAGCGUUCGUGAUGAAAGCAGCAACAAGGGCUCGAGGAAAGAAGAAGCGCUCGACUGUUUGGCAAGACUCAAGGACAUUACACAUGGGAUUAUGGACAUAAGGUCAAUUGAAGGUACAUUGAGAGAUUGUCAAAAGGAACAUUUCGGCACGGUUGAUUGGAAGAAUCGCUUUAUUCGAGGCACGAAUCGGUCGGCAAUGGGAGGUCAAAGGAGAUUUCGGUAA